AUGGAAAGACUCACUUCUUCCGUCCAUGAUGCUAAAACCAAAUGCCGUCGGGCCUUCUCCAGCUGGGACGCCUUCAAAAAGGCUGUCCAGGUGAAGGAUACGCUGGCUACCACCGAGAGGACAUCUGGAGCCAACACCGCCAGAGAAGCAAAGUGA